CGUACAUUUUUUAUAACUACACAACAUGUCACCUGGUUUAAUUUGUCUGUUGCAGGUGCUGUGCUUAAUUGUCAAUUCUGACAUUGGUCAGAGCACAUUGACAACAGACCGUUCAGUGAAUGACGCGGAUGAAGUCGCCAACCUUUCCACUGAUGCUUCAGAGGUAUUAAAUGGUGAUGAAGCAAGCGAAUUUGAUAAUGAUGACACUCCCGAUGUAUCCAUAGCUGGUCCAGAACCUCGUGAGUUACGAACGGUUACUAAGAAACCGGCAACCAAGAAAGCUGUUACUAAGAAACCGGUCACCAAGAAAACGGUUACUAAAAGGACUGUUGCUAAGAAAACGGUUACCAAGAAAGCUGUGCCUAAGAAACCUGCAGUAAAAGUCAAGCCCCGUACGGGCAAUGCCAAACCUGCGGUUAAUCGCAUGAAGUCUAAGAAUAUGAAACGGAAACCUGCUAUUAAAGGCAAAGCGAAGAAUGUCUCACGCCGUAAAAAAAUUCUAGAUGCAAAAGAUUCAUACGUUCGUUACAAGGCUACCAUUCGAGAUCCAAGGCAUUUUUACGUAUCACAGGUAAAUUACGACAGUAGUGUACCCGGUAAGAACACCGUAUAUUUGUACUUUAAUAAACCUUUAUCUGAGGAUGAUAUUGCCAACCUGAUUAAGAAAAGUAGACUAGAAUUGGCUGAUAAAAACUAUACUUCCAUGGAUAUUAAAGACAUGUCAAAAAUCAAGCCUUCAGAUUACCACAGCAGUUGGGUUUACGAUGAGGAUUCUGAAAAGUUUUAUAACAUAAAGAACUUGAAAUAUAACAACCAAGGCGUGCCUAUUGAAGCUAAUACAAGUGAAAAUAGUGGAAUGAUCAGUACUUCAGACAGCACUAACAGUGAAUCCACAUCUAGCACUUCAUCCCUAAGCAGCCAACUCAGUAGCGAUAGCAGCGAUUCUAUGGUGUCUGAGAGCGACAGUACAGAAUCGCGUGUUACAACGGUUAUUGAUGAAGAUAAAGGAUCCACCAACGAAUCUCCGGAUGCUUCUGAAGAGUCUUCGUCAUUAUUAUCUGAAUCUAGCACAUCGAGUAAAAUGGGAUCGAAGAAAGUUUCGCAGCUGUCUAGUGAAUCAUCUGAGGAGAGUCUUACUUCAUCUAGUGAAGCAAAUAGCUCCUCGAUGAAAAGUUCGACAUCAUCUUUGAAUAAAUCCGAGGAAGGUAGUACUGAUAGUGAACAAUCAGUCGUAUCAAAUUCGACAAAGAUAGUUGGCAAGAAAGGUUCAAGUACAACAUCGGGUGACAGCGAAGAAGGAUCCGAGGGUGAAGCAAAUAGCUCCUCGAUUAAAAGUUCGACAUCAUCUUUGAGUAAAUCCGAGGAAGGUAGUACUGAUAGUGAACAAUCAGUCGUAUCAAAUUCGACAAAGAUAGUUGGCAAGAAAGGUUCAAGUACAACAUCGGGUGACAGCGAAGAAGGCUCCGAGGGUGAAGCAAAUAGCUCCUCGAUGAAAAGUUCGACAUCAUCUUUGAAUAAAUCCGAGGAAGGUAGUACUGAUAGUGAACAAUCAGUCGUAUCAAAUUCGACAAAGAUAGUUGGCAAGAAAGGUUCAAGUACAACAUCGGGUGACAGCGAAGAAGGCUCCGAGGGUGAAGCAAAUAGCUCCUCGAUGAAAAGUUCGACAUCAUCUUUGAAUAAAUCCGAGGAAGGUAGUACUGAUAGUGAACAAUCAGUCGUAUCAAAUUCGACAAAGAUAGUUGGCAAGAAAGGUUCAAGUACAACAUCGGGUGACAGCGAAGAAGGCUCCGUGGGUGAAGCAAAUAGCUCCUCGAUGAAAAGUUCGACAUCAUCUUUGAAUAAAUCCGAGGAAGGUAGUACUGAUAGUGAACAAUCAGUCGUAUCAAAUUCGACAAAGAUAGUUGGCAAGAAAGGUUCAAGUACAACAUCGGGUGACAGCGAAGAAGGCUCCGAGGGUGAAGCAAAGACGUUUAUCUCAACGGCAGAGAUAAACCUUUCUAACAAGAACGCUGCAUCAUCUUCAUCUGAUGAAUCAAGCGAAUUGAAUGAGGAAGGUUCUUCUUCGACUAGUUCCACAACUACAUUUAAGAAAAAAGGGAAUAAAUCUAAGUCCGUUGCUAGUGACGAGGUUUCGGAAGACGGUAGCAACAUCACUAGCACUACCAUUACGACUAUCGGCCGUAAGAAAAUAGUCGGUGGCAAGGGCACGAGUGAUACCGACGUAAAUAGUGAAAGCAAAUCGGAAAGUUAUACGUAUAGUUUAGUAGAUGAUGAUGGGAAUCCAUCGGAUAGAAGUGGCCAUAGUGAAAUUAUAGGGGAUGAAAUAGCUUCCAAUGAGUCUGGUGAUGGCACACCCGUUUUAACUGGUUUCAAGCGUUUAAACGAGGAUGGUGAAGUAGUGCAAGGGCCUCAAUUGCCUACCAGCACCAUUGACAGUUCGGAUGAGGUAGAUGGCGUGAAAUCUGUUAAGAAGGGUAAACUUUCACCACUGUGGUCGCGAAGGCGUCUACAGAACGAAGUGAUAAAGACAAAAAAGGACGUCAAGGUUUUACAGAAGGAAGUUGUGAACACUAAGAAAGUCGUUAGUGUAUUAAAGAACGACAUGAGCAAGACAGUUGGUAAAUUAGACGAAGUAGUUAGGCUUUAAAGAGUUUUUAUUGUG